UUUUACCGUUUUUACAGGCAUUUACGCUUCGUUGCUCGUUCUGGCAGCAGCACUGCUUACAUGGGUGAUAGGUCACGUCUAGUGUCAACGUGUGUUUUUCAACUAUAAUAAAAAAUGGUAGAUGAAUCUACAAAAAAAUCGUUAAGUAGUAUUCCUUUAUUGCAAACAAAAGCUGGGCCUAGAGAAAAAGACUUAUGGGUUCAAAGACUGAAGGAGGAAUAUCAAGCUUUAAUAAAGUAUGUACAGAACAACAAAUCUGCAGAUAACGAUUGGUUUCGAUUAGAAUCCAAUAAGGAAGGUACUAAGUGGUUUGGAAAAUGUUGGUAUAUUCAUAAUUUGCUCAAAUACGAGUUUGAGGUUGAAUUUGACAUUCCAGUCACGUAUCCAACUACUGCCCCAGAAAUAGCAUUACCUGAAUUAGAUGGAAAAACUGCCAAAAUGUACAGAGGAGGCAAAAUUUGCCUCACGGAUCAUUUCAAGCCUUUGUGGGCCAGGAAUGUUCCCAAAUUCGGAAUUGCUCAUGCCAUGGCCUUAGGCCUCGGGCCAUGGCUUGCUGUGGAAAUUCCUGAUCUUAUUGAAAAAGGAGUUAUAAGUCACAAAGAAAAAGUAGAUCAAGAACAAUGAUAGUUGUGUCCAAUUCAAGUGCAUAGUUUUUUUAAAAUUAUUAUUAUAAAAAGAUUAUUGACGUUUGUAUAUCUGCUGUUAAUCUACGCGAUUUAUUAUUUUUGAUUUUUUUUUUUGCAAAUAUCGAAAAUACAUUGAAAUUAGAUAAU